AUGGAGCACCAGUCCAUCAUCGCCCAGGUUAGCAGGGAGGGGAGCGCCCCACUGCAGGAGAAAGGUACCCAGACACCUGCCAAAAAACCACGGAGUCGCAGCAUCCUCCAGUCCCUCUUCUGCUGCCUGUGCCACGAUGAAGGGGAGCCCUGCACCGGCACCACUGGUGCCCCACUGCUGGUGGAGGAGAAUGGGGCCCUGCCUAAGGCUGCUGUCAAACACCUCCUGCCUGAGAUCAAGCCGCAGGACGCCAGCAAGCUCUGCGUGGUCAUCGACCUGGAUGAGACACUGGUGCACAGCUCCUUCAAGCCGGUGAACAAUGCCGACUUCAUCAUUCCUGUGGAAAUCGAUGGCAUCAUGCACCAGGUGUACGUGCUCAAGCGGCCACACGUGGACGAGUUCCUGCAGCGCAUGGGCGAGCUCUUCGAGUGUGUGCUCUUCACUGCCAGCCUGGCCAAGUACGCAGACCCCGUGGCUGACCUGCUGGAUAAAUGGGGGGCUUUCCGGGCACGGCUUUUCCGUGAAUCCUGUGUCUUCCAUCGUGGCAACUACGUGAAGGACCUGAGCCGCCUGGGCCGUGACCUGCGCCGGAUCAUCAUCGUGGACAACUCACCCGCAUCCUACAUCUUCCACCCUGAUAACGCUGUGCCGGUGGCUUCCUGGUUUGAUAACAUGGCAGACACGGAGCUGCUGGACCUGCUGCCCUUCUUCGAGAGGCUCAGCAAGGUGGAGGACGUGUACGCAGUGCUCAAGAAGCAGCGGACUAACAGCUAAUGGUCCCCCCACCCCGCCGGGUGCUGCCAGGGGGCACCACCGGGGGAGCCAGGUGCCUUAUUUUGGGGGAGAGGGGGGUCCUAGUGUGCCCCCUAUUGUCCUCCCCAGCCCCAGUGGGCCCAGGUGACCUCCCUGCCUGCUGGUGAUGGGAGAUGUGGGUGCCCCUGCUGGGGAGCUGAGUGUCCCCCUUCUCACAGAAAAGGAGGGCUGUGGGUGACCUGCCUUGCUGUGCUGAGGACCUGUUAGGGGGGUCCCAUCCUCCCACAAUGUCCAGCCCCUACCCUCCCCCAACCUGUGUCCCCCCUCCCCAAAACGGUUCUCAGGUCCUUUUCCCUUCCAUGUCCCCCUGAGUGGGGAGGGGGGGAUCAGCAGCUGCUGUUUUCCACUGCCUUUGGGGGGACUAGAUCCCUCUAUCCAGGCGCUUCCUGCUGGGAGCCUGGUGGCCUUUGGCCCCUAUCUGCAGGGGUUAUGGGACAGUUUGUAACACCUUGUCACCCUCCAGAAAUGGGGGAGUCUUAGUGUUGGUGCAUAGGGCUACCACCAUACCCUUAACUCUGCCCUGCGUGCAGCUGAUCACCUCAUGGGGGGCGUGUCCUUGCCCACCCUCGUGCCUUCUCCUGCCCCCCCACAUAGGGGGUGUGUUUUGGGGAGGCAGCCUGGCCUCAGGGUUGAGCCGCUGGGCACAAAUGCCCCCCAUGUGCCUUGGAACACUGUGUCUCUGUGGCCCCCUUAGCUCUGCAAGGGCUGUGCCUGGGGGGGCUCUUAACUCCCCUCCUCCAACCUCAGUUUCUUCCCUUGCUGUUGGGGCCUCCCCCCAUCUGCAGUUACACUGUGUCAGUGGGAGCCACUCCGGUCACCAGCGGGGGGGUCACCUCCCCUGUGGGGGGCACACACUCCUCCCCAUCCAUUUGCAGCUUCGCCAAAGGCUGCCACUCCUAGGAGGGACGGACCCCCAUACCAGCCUUAGUGUGCCCACCCUAGCCUUGCCCCAGUCCCCCAGCUGGGAUAGGGGUGGGGGGCACUGCAGCCCCCCACCUUCCCCAUAGCCGGGGGUUACCCUGACCCCAGUGGGGUUGGACUGGUGCCAGGGUGUCCCCCAGCCUUGAGGGGCUGGGGGCUCUCAGGGAGGGGUUUUAGGAGGGGGCUGAGCUCAACCCAGCCUUUUUUAACGUCACAAUAUGGACAAUGCCUCAUACUUUUUUAGAGGGGAAAACAACGGUUUCCCAAAAAAUCAUGGGUGCCUUUUUACCG